CGCUCCCCCUCUCCCUCUUUCCCCACGCCCCGCCUGCUCGGCUUCCAGACGCUCAGAGGGGGCUUUUCACUUGGCUGCUGCUGCGGCCCGGGGAGCUGCAGGCGGCGGCAGUAGCGGCGCUUCCUUCUCGUCAGCGGCCACCAUGCAGUUUAUGUUGCUUUUUAGUCGUCAGGGGAAGCUCCGACUUCAGAAAUGGUAUGUCCCACUAUCGGACAAAGAAAAGAAAAAAAUCACAAGGGAACUUGUUCAAACAGUUUUAGCCCGUAAACCCAAAAUGUGCAGCUUUUUGGAGUGGCGAGAUCUGAAGAUUGUCUACAAAAGAUAUGCUAGCCUGUAUUUCUGCUGUGCUAUUGAAGAUCAGGACAAUGAACUAAUUACCCUGGAAAUAAUUCAUCGUUACGUUGAACUACUUGACAAAUAUUUUGGCAGCGUGUGUGAACUUGAUAUCAUCUUUAAUUUUGAGAAGGCUUAUUUUAUUUUGGACGAGUUUCUUUUGGGAGGAGAAGUUCAGGAAACAUCCAAGAAAAAUGUACUUAAAGCCAUCGAGCAGGCAGAUCUGCUACAAGAGCCACGCCAUGAAUACUUUAAUGUCCCUGUGUACUAAAUGACAUCACUCAUCGAGUAUGCAGAAUUUCACAGAGGAAAUAGAGCUGAUUUACUUAUGACAGAACAGCUGGUGAAACAAAUCAUCUUGAACAUAGAUUAUCAUAGCCAUUUUACUGUUGUAUUUUGUCCUCCCUCUUUACAUUGUUCCUCCCCCUCCCCCCAUGUCAUCUUGAUGUAGUUUGUCCCUGUCAAUAUCUGGUUUAAUUUUUUCGUGAAAUACAUGGCAUGUAUGUUUUGAGUAAAAUUCUCCUCUUAAGUAUGUACUUGUUAUUAACCAAUCAUCUGUGAUUAAUUUCAUAGUUAAAGGAAAAUGUUCCAAUAUAGCCAAAUGAGUAGCAGCAUAUAGCCCACUAAAGCUAAAAUCAAACCAGCAUUACUUGUAUGUAGAAUUGCUUUUCAAAAUGAUAAUGUCUCUCAAAUUGCAUAAUGAAUGUAUCCUAUAACUUCUGCAUAGUUGAGUAUAUAUAGAAUAGAAAUAAUACAGGAAAAUAUAGA